CAAAACCCCGCUCUGAGAACACCAAAUCUUCCACCAGAACGGCAGAACCAUGCCAGGGAGCUGGUGUGUGUAGAGGAACUGGGCCAUUGGGAUGCCCUUGUGGUCAUGUCUGGUGAUGGUCUGGUGCAUGAGGUGGUGAAUGGGCUAAUGGAACGGACUGACUGGGAGACUGCCAUCCAGAAACCCCUGUGUAGCCUCCCUGCAGGCUCUGGCAACGCGCUGGCAGCUUCCUUGAACUACUAUGCUGGGUAUGAGCAAGUGAGUAAUGAAGACCUCCUGACCAACUGCACACUGCUGUUAUGCCGUCGGCACUUGUCACCCAUGAAUCUGCUGUCGCUGCACACCGUCUCUGGACGGCACGUCUAUUCUGUGCUUAGCCUGUCCUGGGGCUUCGUUGCCGAUGUGGACCUGGAGAGCGAGAAGUACAGGCGCUUGGGAGAGAUUCGUUUCACGCUGGGAACCCUCUUCCGCCUAGCAACCAUGCGUAUCUACCAGGGCCAACUGGCCUACCUUCCUGUAGGAAAUACUUCCUCAAAGAUGCCUGCUUCACCCGUACUGGCGCAGAAGGGCCCUGCGGACACACACCUUGUCCCCCUGGAGGAGCCAGUGCCCUCUCAUUGGACUGUGGUGCCAGAACAGGACUUCAUCUUGGUGUUGGUGCUGCUGCACACCCACCUGGGCAUGGAGAUGUUUGCAGCACCCAUGGGCCGCUGUGAGGCUGGAGUUAUGCAUCUGUUCUAUGUGCGUGCGGGGGUGUCAAGGGCCAUGCUGCUGCGGAUCUUCCUGGCUAUGCAGAAGGGCAAGCAUAUGGAAUUUGACUGUCCGCACUUGGUGCAUGUGCCCGUGGUUGCCUUCCGCCUGGAGCCCAAGAACCAGAGGGGCGCGUUUUCUGUGGAUGGGGAGUUUAUGGUAUGUGAGGCGGUGCAGGGCCAAGUGCACCCAAACUCCUUCCAGAUGGUCUGUGGCAGCAGAGAGGGCGCACCCAGAUGGAAGCCCUAGCAGAGGCUGCCGCCACCGGA